AUGUACGGGUAUUUCGGGAAUUGGUAUGACCCGGAAGGGAAAAAAUGGGCAGUUUUGGCUGCAAAGAGGCGAACGCGCCUCCUGAAAAAACUUUGGGAGCGAGGAGAUGUGCGACUUGUCAAUGAGAAGCCCGCCAAAGAAUACUGUUCGGUGUACUACUCUCAGCUCUCGCCUAACGUCAAGACCGGUCGCAAAUUCAUACUUCACGAAGAACUGGACUGGGAGGUAAUUUUCCCCGAACUUCGGAAGAAGGAACUGCAGUUACAUUAUCCGGAAAAGGAAGGGGAGGACGGUCAUUGUGUACUUGCUUAG